GAGAAAGUAGACUUGAAAUGAUUUCCAUCAUAAAAUUUUGUGUUUUACAACUAAGACAUAGGCAAUAGAUAUUUAUAACCAACCUUUAUGAGAAAAUAAGUUCAAGAAUGUCUCAACAUCCUGAUUUCUACCGGACUGUAUCACUGAAACUGUCAGAGGUGCUCAAUGAUAUUGGUGUCAAUGAGAGAAUGAUUCUGAAGACGAGGAGGAUGGUCUUGUUUAGUGAAACUAUCAUAUCUAGUACAGACAGACUGCUGGGCAAGAACAUUUCCACCUAUAAUUUUGGUAGCCAGUCUGAAGGGUCUACAACAAUAGGACUCCAUUCAGACAGUGAUACACUCUACUGCGAUAGUAAGUUAAAUGUGAUACAGGACUGGAGUGAGUGGCAACCUGGCAGGCGCAAUCUACUGAUGAUCCAGGAUGAGACCACAUCACCAGGUUACUGUCUACUACAACAGCUGAGGGAUGAUGAGCCUCUUCCUGUUCCUACUGCUUUACUUGAACAUGAACCAAACAGACAUCUUACAGUCAGCAGAGGUAAAGUGCUGCUGAAGAACACAUGUUAUAGAAAUGUUGUAGCAGGAAGUGUAAUAAAUGGUCCUGCUUCAUCAACGCAAGGAAGUCCAGGUUUUGCUGAUCAAGAUUAUGUUCCAGCAUACCACUGUAAAUCAUGGCCUGCAGAAGCCUGGCCAUGGUUAUUACAACAAGGUAUAGGAAGAUGGCCUACAGAAGACAUGAAGAGAUAUUUGUGAGACUACAGGUUGUUUUGUUGUACCAGUGAGCAGUAAAAAUGGCCGGAAUGAAGAACUUGAAUGGAGAAUAUCUACUUCCCAUGCUGAAAGAUGUCUCAUGUUCAGUUUAAACAUCACACAAUUAAGAUGUUACAUUCUAAUGAAGAUGAUUCUUAAAACAUUCAUAAAUCCUCAGUGUGAUGGUGUCCUUUCAAGUUUCAUGUGCAAAACUGUUUUAUUUCAUUGUAUACAGAAUACACAUUCAAAUAACUGGGUGAAAUCCAAUUUACUUGCAUGUUUGAUGUGCUGUCUUUCAGUAUUACAGAACUUUGUUAGGAAAGAAAACUGUCCACAUUUUGUAAUACCUGAAAACAACCUGAUGGCUGGAAGAAUUUCUCGUCAUAACAAACAUAAAAUUGUUGAAAUCCUUGAAAAUAUCUUACAAGGUGAAGGUCGUGCACUGCUGGAGAUUCCCACUGAUGACCUUGGCAUGAGACUACAAGUGAAGAUGAACAUGGGUGAAGCUUUACAGUAUUACCUAACGCCAUCCCAAAUAAAUGCCCACAUUUCAGCACAGCUGCUACUUUAUACUGCCGAUGCAGUAAGUUUCAAUCACAAGCUUCUUUUAAAAGAAAUAAGGCAUGAUGGAAAUGAGAGGGUGCAUGAGAGAUUAUCAGACUAUAUGUUAACACUAACUAGAAUGUACAGAGAAAUGGGUUUUAGCAGUUUGGAAAAAUCUGCAGUAAGGCUUUUAGCACCUUUGCUUUCAUCUUCUCUAGGAUCUGUGAUAGCAUCUCACAACAUUUACACUACUCACAGUAUAUCUCCAGAAGCCCUGGGCUGGUUUUCAGUAGGUUUGAACUCAGAUGUGGCAUCUGGUAGAUUGAAACUUGCAUCAGCAUUAUGCUGUGUAGGAGAUAUAGAAAGAGCAGAGUUUGUUCUGAGGAAUAUAAAAGAAAAGUAUGAUCUGAAUACUGUUGAACCUAGAUGCAGAUGUUAUGAUCAUUUCAUGAAUUACCCCAGGCAAGGAUUCAGACAUAAAUGUAACACUGGAAAUGAAGAACUGAUAACAUAUAACAUAGCAUUUUGUGUUAGAUUUCUGCGGUGUGAAAUUUGCUGUGUUCCUGAAGAGCUACAGUAUGAAAUGUUUAGAUCUACACAAGAGGACAGACUUGAAAGGGAUGGUAAAAGUGACCAUUGGAUGGAUUGGGCAGUGGCAGAUUCUCUACCUUAUCUCUACUUCCUACAAUACAAAAUCUAUGGAGCUCUUCAGAGACUGGCAGACCAACAACGUGCACUUGCAAACCUUGUCACUAGCACUGAAACAGAACAAAACCUAGGUCACAGGGAAACAGCACUGAACUUACUAGGACAGUGUAUGGAACAGGAAAACCGACAUAUUGAUGCUUUACGCUGCUAUAUGAUAUCUCUGAAUAUCCAAGCAAGAAACAAUGCCGCAAAUUUUCUUAUCUGUAGACUUCUUCAUGGGUUAGUUAAUGUGCAGGAAGCUGCACUGAACUGAACAGUGUACUGCACAGAACAUGCAUAUCUUCAUAUUUUCAGAGAUUUUCAAAGACAAAAGGGGAAUCAUUUUAUUGAGACAGGUGUUAGUUAUUAGACCCGUGGCCGUAUUCAUAAAGCAUCUUAAGUAUAAGAAAUUGAUUAUAAACUAAAGUAAAAUCUUCAACUUAAGUCAAAGCUUAUACUUAAGAUGCUUUAUGAGUACAACCCCUGGUAUUUGAACUUGUCUUAUGAGUAAGAGAGUAACGAUAUAUCAUAAUUCUCUAUAUCACGAUACAUUAGUUUGGCAGUACAUGGGUUGUCCCAGAAAAUUGUGGACUCUUUUUAUUAUUUCUAAAAUAAGAGCCACAUGAAAUAAUCAUUUUAACUGAUGGCAUUUCAAUGUAUACUUGACAAGACUAUAUAGUUUAUUUCAUUUUGCCUCCUACAGAAAAAAGCGGCUUCCAUUUAAAAUCAUGUAACUUACCCGAAAUAAAUCUCAGAGGAUUAAAAUUUAUAUCGACGUUAAUUGCAAUGUGUGGCACGUAAUUAUGUUGCGUUCAAGUCUUUGACAUCACUUGCUUUAAAAUGCUGAUGUAAAUUUGAAAGCAACGGUUGCAUAAACUUUCAGAAAUUACGACGUCAGAAAAGUUAGCGGCGCAGGAAGUAUUAAUGAAAUAUUGUGUAGGUCGCAUUGUGACUCCUUCAUAAACAAAACGGGAAGUGGAAAAUUCUGGAAGUCAUGCAAAUAUAAGCAGGACACUUGUCUGUACGUUGUACAAAUGUUUUAAGGAAAGUUGGGCGAGUGAUUCAAAGAGAGGGCGACAAAAUGCUUUUAAAACUUUCUGCGCCGUGAACUUAUCUGAUGUAGUCAUUUCUGAAAGUGCGUGCAACCAUGACUUUCAGAGUUAUAUCACUAUUUUAACGUAAGUGAAAUAACUUGAAACGCAACAUAAUUAUGCGCCACACGUUACCAUUUACAUGGAUAUAAAUUUUAAUCUUGUAAAAUGUAUAUCUAGAAAGUUACAUGAAUUUGAAAAGGAAACCGCUUCUUUUUGUAGGACGAAAACUGAGCGUGCGCCGACUAGCACUGACUGACGUCCAUUAAUUAAAAAAUACUCGAAUAAUAUGACAGAUACUUAAUUUUAAACUUUAUAUUCCUAGAGAGUAUACAUUAAAAUAACACCAGUGGAAAUAAUUAUUUGAUGCGUGGCUUAUUUUAGAAAUAAUAAAAAAAAGUCUAUUAUUUUCUGGGACAACCCUCGUAUUGUAUCAUACCAAAUCUGACCAAAUUUCAUGAAGAUAUAGUCAUAAAUGCGGCCUCUAUGGUGUUAACUAGCUAUUCCUUUGAUUUGACCUUGUGACCUAGUUUUUGACCGUACAUGCCCAAUAUUCUAACUUGACCUAAAGAUCAUCAAGAUGAACAUUCUACCAAGUUUCAAGAAGAUACAGUCAUAAAUGUGGCUUCUAGAUUGUUAACAAGCUUUUCCUUUGAUCUGACCCGGUGACCUAGCUUUUGACCGAAGAUGACCCAAUAUCGAAUUCUUCCAAAAUUUUAUUGAGAGUAAUAUUCUGACCAAGUUUAAAUUAAGAUUGAACCAAAAUUGUGACCUCUAGGGUGUUAAGAAGCUUUUCCUUUGAUUUGACCUUGUAACCUGGUUUUUGUUCCAAGACCCAAUAUCGAACUCCUAGAAUAUUUUAUUGAGGGUAACAUUCUGACCAAGUUUCGUUAAGAUUUGGUCAAAAUUGUGACCUCUAGAGUGUUAACAGUCAAACUGUUGAUGACGGAUGACAGAGGGACAGAUGACAAUGGACGACGGACACAGGGUGAUCAUAAAAGCUCACCUUGUGCACUUUGAAUAAGUCUCUGUUUUGUGCCCAAAUGUUGUUAUACAUGAUUAGAAAGAGAAUUAUGAAAUUCCUCUCUGUCCACUGGCACUUUGAGAAACAUACCUGAUUUGCCACUUACAGGCUGUUCUUUGUUUCAUAUAAAAUUCAGCUACUUCAGAACUUAUUUAUUUAUUAUGUCUCCAACCACACAGUGGUGUGGGAGACAUAUUGAUUUACUCCAGUCUUUGUGUGUGUCUGUGUGUGUGUCUGUCUGUCACAAAGCUUGUCCGCACUCUAAUUCAAACAUUUCUUAUCCGAUUUUCAUCAAACUUAAAUAAAAUGUGUUUGACCAUAAUACUUCGGCCAAGUUCGAUAACUAGCCAAAUCGGUCCAGGCGUAUUGGAGUUAUGGCCCUUGAAUUACCAAAAAUCAGCCUUUUUAAUCUUGUCCGCACUCUAAAGUCGAACAUUUCUCAUUCAAUCUUCACCAAACUUGAACAAAAUGUGUUUGACUAUGAGACCUUGGCCAAGUUUGAUAACUAGCCAAUCGGUCCAGGGAUUUUUGAGUAACGGCCCUUGAAUUACUGAAAAAUUGGCCUUUUUACUCUUGUCCGCACUGUAAGUCAAACAUUUCUCAUCCGAUCUUCACCAAACUUGAACAAAAUGUGUUUGGCCGUAAGACCUUAGCCAAGUUUGAUAACUAGCCAAAUUGGUCUAGGGAUUUUGGAGUAACGGCCCUUGAAUUACUGAACAAGAGCUGUCGGAUGACAACGUGCUCGGCUAUUCAAAGAAUUGAUUGAAGAAUGGGGUCAAAAUAUUUCCAGGCAAGAGAUUUUCAGACAAGAGAAAAAAAUGGAUUAAACAAAAAAUGUUCCUGUAUUUGUGGAUUUCGAUGUGUGACCAUGAUGGCAAAUAUGUUAAGUUAUAUGUUAGGCAAAAUAUGGACUUGUAUAAAAAAUUUAACUAAUUUCCACGUCCAAAAAGGGUCAUAAUUCAGUCAAAAUAGUUGAAAGAGUUAUGUACACUUGCCUACAGAUGGAAAUCAUGUUGAUAUACUAGUGUUAAAAGUUUCAAAGCCACAGUUCAAAUAGUUUUGACAAAAAUUUCAAAGUCCAAAAAGGGCCAUAAUUCAGCCAAUAUAGUUGUCAGAGUUAUGUACUCUUGCCUACAGAUGGAAAUCAUAAUGAUAAACAAGUGUUUAAAGUUUAAAAGCCAUAUGUCAAAUAGUCUUGUCAAAACAUUGACAUAUACGAAAACAGAACCAAUUUCCAAGUUCAAAAAGGGCCAUAAUUCAGCCAAACAAGACGACAGAGUUAUGUACUAUUGCCUAUUGAUACAGACUAUAAUACUGAACAAGAUAUAAAAGUUUCAAAGCCAUAUGUCAAACACUUUACACAAAAUAUAAACUGGUACGAAAAACUUAACCAAGAUUUCUAAGUUAGAAGGGGCCAUAAUUCAGCAAAAAUGCUUGAUGGAGUUAUGUACUCUUGCCUACAACUGGACAUGGUGAUGGUAAACAAGUGUUGAAAGUUUCAAAGCUUUAUCUCAAAAGACUUUGUCAAAAUGUAGACUGGUACAAAAAACUUAACCAAGAUUUCUAAGUCAAAAAGGGGCAAUAAUUCAACCAAAAUGCUUGAUUGAGUUAUGUACUCUUGCCUACAACUGGACAUUAUUAUUAUUAUUAUUAUUAUACCAGAUUUAUAUAGCGCCCUUUUCAUGAUAAACACGUUCAAAGGCGCUUUACAGCAACUGCAGCCACACAGGGCACGAAAUCAUCCUCUACUAGUACAGACACAGAGCGAUCUGACCAGAGGGACAGAGUGAGACAAAGCCCCCACAGAGAGAUCAGAAAUCAUGGUGAUGGUAAACAAGUGUUGAAAGUUUCAAAGCUUUAUCUCAAAACACUUUGUCAAAAUAUGAACCGGUACGAAAAACUUAACCAAGAUUUCUAAGCCAAAAGGGGCCAUAAUUCAGUCAAAAUGCUUGACAGAGUUAUGUACUCUUGCCUAUAACUGGACAUGGUGAUGCUAAACAAGUGUUGAAAGUUUCAAUGCUUUAUCUUAAAAGACUUUGUCAAAAUGUGGACUGGUACGAAAAACUUAACCAGGGUGUGACGCCGGCGCCGAUGCCGACGUGAGUAGGAUAGCUCUACUUAUUCUUCGAAUAGUCGAGCUUAAAAUUGGCCUUUUUACUCUUGUCUGCACUCUAAGUCGAACAUUACUCAUCCAAUCUUCACCAAACUUGAAUAAAAUGUGUUUGACCAUGAGACCUUGACCAAGUUAGAUAACCAGCAAAAUUGGUCCAGGCAUUUUAGAGUUACGGCCCUUGAAUUAUGGAAAAAUCUGCCUUUUUACUAUUGUCCGCUCUCGAAGUCGAACAUUUCUCAUCCCAUCUUCACCAAACUUGAACAAAAUGUGUUUGGCUGUAAGACCUUAGCCAAGUUCGAUAACUAGCCAAAUCGGUCCACGGAAUUUUUGAGUAACGGCCCUUGAAUUACUGAAAAAUUGGCCUUUUUACUCUUGUCCGCACUAAGUCAAACAUUUCUCAUCCGAUCUUCACCAAACUUGAACAAUAUGUGUUUAACUAUGAGACCUUGGCCAAGUUUGAUAACUAGCCAAAUUGGUCUAGGGAUUUUGGAGUAACAGCCCUUGAAUUACUGAAAAAUUGGCCUUUUUACUCUUGUCUGCACUCCAAGUCGAACAUUUCUCAUCCAAUCUUCACCAAACUUGAACAAAAUGUGUUUGACCAUGAGACCUCGACCAAGUUCGAUAACCAGCAAAAUCGGUCCAGGCAUUUUAGAGUUACAGCCCUUGAAUUACGGAAAACUCUGCCUUUUUACUAUUGUCCGCUCUCGAAGUCGAACAUUUCUCAUCCCAUCUUCACCAAACUUGAACAAAAUGUGUUUGGCCGUAAGACCUUAGCCAAGUUCGAUAACUAGCCAAAUCCGCCCAGGCACUUUUGAUUUAUGGCCCUUGAAUUCUGAUUGGAUCCACUCAUCCAGACCAUCUAAUUAGAUCCAAUUGUCUAAACCAUCUAGAGAAACGAGACAUUUUCAUAGGAACAGUUGUGGGAGACAUGCACUUUUCUCAAAAGCAUCUCUAGUUUAUUUGGGUUUUACGGUGCACCAACACAGUAUAGGUUAUAUGGCGCCAAACAGGACUACAAAUUUUGGUUUCACAUCUCCUUUACAUUGAAAUAACAAGAGGGCCAUGAUGGCCUUGUAUCGCUCACCUGAGUACUAUUGCUCAAAAUGAUAUGAUCAAGUUUUGACAUAGAGCACAUAGGCAUACACAUUAAAUAUCACCAGGAUAAACAUUUUCUUGUAACAGUCCCUUUUGACCUAGUCAGGGCCAAUUUCCAUACAAAGUUCGAGGGUCCUAGGCUCAAAUGCUGCAUUUUUGUACUAACAUGACUAUUCCUUACCUGGAAGACUUAAAUAACAUUUCAAACCAAUCUCAUUAUACACUGCUGAGAUAUAUUCGUUUACACAAAAUGAAGGGAGGUAAUUUGUCAUAAAUUUUGUCAAAAGUUAUCUACCCUGAUUGUCUGAGUCCAUCUGAUAGCACAAAUGACAUUUCAAACCAGUUACUGAGAUACACCCAUUUUAAUUUGAAACAAAGGGAGGUAAUCUGACAUAAAAUCAGUCCAUAGCUAUCUAACCUGAUUGCCUCAGUCAAACUAAAGACAAUAAUGAAAUUUCAAUUGAGUUCUAUAAAUAUUUACCGAGAUAAAUCCAUUUUUAUUAAAAUCAGGGGAGGUAAUCAUGCAUUGGUAUAUGCAUGUACAAGCCUAUACAACAAUAUAUAUGUAAAGUAUUCAUAUCGAUAAAUGUUCAAUCAAGAGUUAUCUAAUAUAAUUAUUUCUUACCAUGGAAGACAAAAAUAACUUUUCAAACCAAUCUCAUAAGAAACUGCUAAGGUGUAUUCAUUUAGAUAAACAAGAGGACCAUGAUGGUCCUGAAUCGCUCACCUAUCCCCACAUGACCAAGUGUUGAACUGAGUAUGACGUUGUUAUUUCUAUUAUUUGACAUAGUGACCUAGUUUUUGAGCAUAUGUGACCUAAAUAUCAUCAAUAUAAAAAAUUCUGACCAAUUUUUAUGAAGAUCCAUUGAAAAAUAUGACCUCUAGAGAGGUCACAAGGUUUUUCUAUAUUUGACCUAAUGACCUAGUUUUUGAAGGCACGUGACCCACUUUUAAACUUGACCUAGAUAUCAUCAAGGUUAACAUUCUCACCAAUUUUCAUGAAGAUCUCGUGAAAAAUAUGGCCUCUAGAGAGGUCACAAGGUUUUUCUAUUUUUCGACCUACUGACCUAGUUUUUGACCGCACAUGACCCAGUUAUGAACUUGACCUAGAUAUCAUCAAGCUGAACAUUCUCAUUAAUUUUCAUGAAGAUCCAGUGAGAAAGAUGGCCUCUAGAGACAACAAAAGGUUUUUCUAUUUUUAGAUCUACUGACCUAGUUUUUGACCGCACGUGACCCAGUUUUGAACCUGACCUAGAUAUCAUCAAGGUGAACAUUCUGAUCAAUUUUCAUAAAGAUCUCUUGAAAAAUGUGGCCUCUAAAGAGGUCACAAGGUUUUUCUAUUUUUAGACCUACUGACCUAGUUAUUGACCGCACGUGACCCAGUUUCGAACAUGACCUAGAUAUCAUCAAAGUGAACAUUCUGACCAAUUUUCAUAAAGAUCCCAUGAAAAAUAUGGCCUCUAGAGAGGUCACAAAUUUUUUUCAAUUUUCAGACCUACCGACCUAGUUUUUGACUGCACGUGACCCAGUUUCAAACUUGAUCUAGAUAUCAUCAAGGUGAACAUUCUGACCAAUUUUUAUGAAGAUCCAUUGAGAAAUAUGGCCUCUAGAGAGGUCACAAGGUUUUUCUAUUUUUAGACCUACUGACCUAGUUUUUGAUCCUACGUGACCCAGUUUCGAACUUGACCUAGAUAUCAUCAAGGUGAACAUUCUCACUAAUAUAUAUGAAGAUCUCUUGAAAAAUAUGGCCUCUAGAGAGGUCACAAGGUUUUUCUAUUUUUAGACCUACUGACCUAGUUUUUGACCCCACGUGACCCAGUUUAGAACUUGAUCUAAAUAUCAUUAAGAUGAACAUUCUGACCAAUUUUCAUGAAGAUCCAUUGAGAAAUAUGGCCACUAGAGAGGUCACAAGGUUUUUCUAUUUUUAGACCUACUGACCUAGUUUUUGACCCCACGUGACCCAGUUUCGAACUUGACCUAGAUAUCAUCAAGAUGAACAUUCUGACCAAUAUUCAUGAAGAACUCUUGAAAAAUAUGGCCUCUAGAGAGGUCACAAGGUUUUUCUAUUUUUAGAUCUACUGACCUAGUUUUUGACCCCACGUGACCCAGUUUUGAACUUGACCUAGAAAUCAUCAAGAUGAACAUUCUGACCAAUUUUCAUGAAGAUCCAUUGAGAAAUAUGGCCUCUAGAGAGGUCACAAGGUUUUUCUAUUUUUAGAUCUACUGACCUAGUUUUUGACCCCAUGUGACCCAGUUUCAAACUUGACCUAGAUAUCAUCAAGGUGAACGUUCUGACCAAUUUUCAUGAAGAUCCAUUGAGAAAUAUGGCCUCUAGAGAGGUCACAAGGUUUUUCUAUUUUUAGACCUACUGACCUAGUUUUUGAUCCCACAUGACCCAGUUUCGAACUUGACCUAGAUAUCAUCAAGGUUAACAUUCUGACCAAUUUUCAUGAAGAUCUCUUGAAACAUAUGGCCUCUAGAGAGGUCACAAGGUUUUUCUAUUUUAGAUCUACUGACCUACUUUUUGACCGCACGUGACCCAGUUUCGAACUUGACCUAGAUAUCAUCAAGAUGAACAUUCUGACCAACUUUCAUAAAGAUCCCAUGAAAAAUGUGACCUCUAGAGUGGUCACAAGCAAAAAGUUUAUGCACGGACGACGGACCCCACGCGCUCACAAAAGCUCACCUUGUCACUUUGUGACAGGUGAGCUAAAAAUAAAGGGAGGUAGUUUGUCAUAAAUUCAGUUAAUAUGUAUCUUCACUGAUUGUCCAAGUCCAUCUGUUGACAUAAAUAAAAUUUCAGAUCUGUAUCUUCAUUAGUUAUGGAGAUAUACCCAUUUUAAUUCGAAAUAAAUGGAGGUAAUAUGACAUAAAAUUAGUCCAUAGUUAUCUACCCUUAUUGUCUCAGUCCAACUAAUGACAAUAAUGAAAUUUCAAAUAAGUCCUAUAAGUACUUACUGAUAUAAAUCCAUUCUGAUUACAAUCAGGGGAGGUAAUCAGAUAUAAAAUAACUCCAGAACCUACGAUUGGAUCUGACAGAUUUGUCGAGGAAUCCAAGAUUUAUUGUUGUUGAAGAUAUUUUGGAAGUUUGUAUCAAAUCAAACCAUAAAUGAAGUUUCUAUAUGGCUGCAAAAGCCAAAAUAGCAAAAUCUGAAAGCCUGCCACCUGUAUAAAGCUAUCACACAGGCAUUCAUAUCAUGCACUACAUGACAGGCAUAUGGGGUCUUCCUCUAGGAUAAAGAAUAUAGAACAACAUACCUGGCACAUUGCACAUUUUUCGUCUACUUUCUUUUCUGUACUGGAAUCUAACUUCUCACCAGUCCUGUAAUAACAAACAAAAUAUCUAAAGUCUAAAUGUGUUUACUUUGGUAAAACUAUAUACAGUAAUUUCAAUUCCUAAGAAAUCUAUUUUUUCCAAAAGCAGAACAUUCCAUUGGACUUACCAGGUUUAUUAACAUACUUUACUUUAUCUUGUAAAAAUGUGUGCAUUUUACCUCAUUUUGCUCAUGAAGAGUGUGUGUGUUGUAAUCCAAUGUUAGAAUGUCUGCUUUUCAAACAACCACAAAGGUUGCAAAUCAAAUAAAUUACACUGAGUUUAGAAGUUAUAUAACUAUACAAGUUUAUGUGUCAUAAAAGUAAUCAGGUAUGGUAAAACUAAGAUUUUGCUAAAACAUAUGUUGCUUUAUUUGAAAUUUACUGUUUGCACUCCUGUGAGAACAUUCACUUAGACAGUGUCUUGUUUUGCAAUUGCAACUUAAUCAUACUGAUAUUAAUACAUAUGGAAAUCAAAGGCCUGAAGGGCCUGAGUCGGCUAAUGAUUGAUGUACUGACAGUAUAGUCUACCAGUUUCAGUUUAUUUUUAGUUUUUUUCCCCAACUAAAGAGAGAUUUUGUUACAAUAAAUGAAAUGAACAUUCGGUCGAUGCCUAGUAAAACUUUGAUUGACAUUAUACAAGUAUUUAAACGAAAUAUAUUUCUCUAAAAUUGAAGAGUGAUUCGCAGAAAUAAAAAUGUUGAAAGUACAAACUACAAUUUGACAGCUGACACUAAGAUACUGCCCAUGACUUUAUAUAUUUUUCCAGUAAACAUUUGCCUCCGGCAUUGCCAAAAGAGGCAAUUAUCGGCUGGUAUAUAUUCACACAUGAUAAAAUUUGAAUAUGACAAUUUAUAAUAUUAAAAUUUUACAGCGCGGAUUGCCACAUACAAUUUGUAACGGAUGAACGAAAGAACUGAUAUUUUACAGAUAUUAUAAUUGGCCUGGCGAUAGUCUUGUCAUAUGCUAGGUAUUGUUCAUUCAUAUUAUAAGUGAUGUCAAAUUAAAGUAUACUUACUUUUGCGUUUAGAGAUAUAUGUAUGUAAAUGCUGCUGAGUGUCAAUAUAUAGUGUAACCGAUAUUAAUAAAUGCAGUUCUUUUUUAGUUAAAACUAUCAUUUAUUCUAUUUCAGACUUGUUAACCCCUUAAAAAUCAUGUCUGUUAUCCCGAAGUCCAUCCACUUUCAAUUAUCCAUUUUGAUUCAUGUAGACAGACAGGCCCAGACUGGGCAGAAAAAGGUUUGAGCCAUUUUUACGUGGUCGGUAGCAGGGUGGAUGUAGGGAGGGGUGUUUCUUUCCGCUUUAAAUUGUAGUCAGAUUUUGAAAUGGGCAUUGCUGCAGGUGGUAAAAGGGGAAAUGUAUCAAACUGUAAAGUGGCAAUAUGGGGGAAGGGUGUGGUAGGAUACCCCCUCCUGCAAGUAUGGUUUGGGGUAUUACCACAAGAAAUUUUUGAAUAUGUAGACCCUUGAUACAGCCUUUGGUGCGAUUUUAACUGAAAAUCUUCCGUUUCAAUUUCUUAAUAUUACCUAGAUUCUUUCUAGUAUUACAAUAUCCAAAGUAUGACUGUCACUUCAUCUUUUUACUUUCAGAUCAUG